AUGUAUAUUCUUUUGUUCGUGGCGGGGUUGGUCCUCGUGCUGGUGGUAGAGCGGGUGGUUCACUCUGUGCUGUCGCUGGUGGUGGACCGCUCGAUGCGCCCUACCAAGAGGUAUGCCUCCAUGUCUCUCGUGGGCACGUUCUUCCAGAACAUCUUUGCUUACUUUUUCUUCGCCUUCAAUGUCCUGGCGAUGACCGUUGGGUUCAUCGCGCGGAACCUUCUCUGGUUUGGGUUCCUGGUGCUGGUCAUGGCAGUUCUCAGCAUGGUGUUGGACUUUGCUCCCGGGUUGGUUGCCGAGUAUGUGUACGUUUACAACGCCGGGCUGGGGACCUACAUUCACUUCUUCAUCGUCCUACCGGUUCAGUUAGUGGAGCUGCUGUUUAGCCAUGUCACCGCGCUGUAUAACUGCAUCAUGUGGAUCGUGAAUGGGGUGUUCCUGUCAGUGCUGGCCCCGUCCUUCCUUGCGGACAACGUGAAUGUCGGGUGGCUCCCUAGGUUCGGCACGUCUUUCUUCAAGUUCUCGGGUGAGGUGGUCCUGUCGAUCUCGUCGUACCUUGUCAAUGUGAUGGCGUGCGCGACGAACCCCCUCGGCGGGGUGCCCAGGGGUGGCACCGGGAGCUUCCUGAUCCUGAACGCGACGGGUUCGGUGGAGUGCUUCGAGCCCGGCAUGAUCAACCUCGACCUUAUAACUCCUGCGGGCAGCUUCCGCGACAUGUGCCUCUACAUCGCGAGGUUCGUGGUGUUCUCCUGCCCCGCUGCGAAUGCGGUCAUUGAUUUACUAACAUUCCCGCUGAGCGAUAUGAACCUGUACAAGGGCAUCCAUUGUAUCGUGAACGCGCUUUUGGGUCUGUUCGUGCAGCUCCCCUUCGUAACCCUGCACCGCUGCCGGUUCGGUGCGACGCUCCCGAUGCUCGGCGUGCACCAGCGCAUCCUGUGCGCCCCGGACUUCCGCCCGGCGAUGGACCUUUCGGUAGCUGGGGCUAGGUACCUGGGUAGGACCGUCGACAACUGGUUGGACUCUUCGCUGGUGAUCCUGGAGACGCUCUUCACCGGCUCCGCACCGCAGUGCGACCCGGUCCCGAUCCCCCUGAGCUACAGCGACGAUGACUCCCGGGCGCUUUUCGGGGGCAACUUCCGCGCGGUGGUGGGGCUGACUCCGGGGAUGUACGCGGUGACGGAUGGGAUCAGCACGGAGUACAACAUCUUCUACAAGCAAGUGACAAGGGAGAUUGCUUACAGGAACUGGCCCUUUCCUGUCGAACCGGCGUACGGCAUCGCGGCGGUCAAGUACGGGGAGCUGCCCGAGGGGGACGUGGCGGGAGACCUGACGACUGGGAUGCUGGGGUGCGAGUGCCUGGACGUCCCCGGCGUAGGGGCGCAGAUCACCUGUGCGAUCGUCCCGUACCUCUCCGGGAGCAACAUGCCCUCCACCACGGGUUCCGUGGCUUCGAUGAUCCAGGACUACCUCAAAUCGAACAGCAUACAGCAGGCGGUCAACUCGAGCAACGCGACGCAGCGCAUCCCGGUGACCUUCUCCGUGCCCUCGUCGAGCCAGUACGCGACCUGCAAGAGGCUGAAGAUCCAGGUGGAGUCGCUCCGGUGGCCCGCGACGAGGGUGUCUGCAACGAGCACCAGCCCCGGUGCUUGGAACCAGAUGGGUGCCGCGGCCCAGGUGAAUAUCCUGGAUGUGGCCAGGGAGGUGAGGGCGGACGCUGCCAUCUACGUCAUGCCGCAGUGCCCCUUCUCGGCGGUCCCCGACCCUUCUUGCAUACCCGGCUUUGAAGGGUUCAGCUGCUACCCCUUCUGUGUGGGCCUGCACCUCACGGGGACGAUCAACCAGGGGAUUGUGCUGUACGGGGCCAACGACUGGAGGGACUCGGUGCAGUACCUCCUCCGGGACUGCGGGGUGGGGCAGGGCGCCGUCGGGUCGAUAUCCCCUUCUGCUCUGAGCCUUUCCCCGCUUGCAUUCGGCCCUCCUGUCCGGUACACCGUCCCAAAGGGCGUGGUGUACAACGCGGCGGCGCAGAGCGCCUGGGACCCGGCGACGCAGAGCUGUGUCUCCAGCGCGGAUGUUAAUUCAAGGGUUUCUGUGAACCUUACUACGGUGUAUGCCUUCCCUCCCGACCAGAGCGAGCCGACGAUCCGGGAGAAGUUCCAGCCCUUCGUCUUUGCGAGCGAUGUGGUGCUCACGGCGUACCAGGACGGUCUGGGGAAGUGGAGCGUCAAGGUCUCUAGGAUCUUCGGGGAGGAUGCGCUGUCCUUCAGGCUGGUGGAUCUCCCCGGGUUGAUCCCCGCGAACGACAUCUGCCUGGGCUCUCCGUCCUGUGAAGAGCCGUUCCAGCCCAGUCUUAUUGGGAUACCGUACGCGUACCAGGACUACCCGCAGCUGUACAACCCCUCCACAACGAGCCAGUGGGCGGUGUUCUACGCGACGAACCCGAACCCGGAGGUGUACGAGGCGUAUUCGCGGUACUGCGCGGGCCUCCCCACGAAGUUCGGCAUCGUGAUGGACUCCAGCUACGGGCAGGUGAGGGUGUGGAAGUUCAACGCCUUCGCGCUGGACCAGUCUGAGACGUCGGGGGCGGCGGUGAUGACCUGGACCUUCGAGGGCUUCAACCGGGUGCAGGAGGUGAGCAACUGCGGGGCUCUGUACAACAUGUCGGUGGUCAGGCUGGAGUACAUCAAUGAAUACAACGUCGCCGUCACGGUCCUGCAGGCCUCUAUGCAGAGCUUCGAUGUUGUGACGAGGAUGCCGCGCCCCGGAUUCGAUGGCUUUGAUUACGUGGUCUACUUCAUUAACCCCACGACCAACGAAGGGCCUUCCGAGAGCAUGUUCAGUGAGCUCGUCCCGCAGUCUCUCCUGAGCGAGGGCCUGCUGUGCCCUAGCCAGCGCCGCAUGCCCGAGGUCGGCUCGAGCCUGGCGGAGGCCUGGGCCGGUGUGUUGUACUUCAUGCGGCUGCCGCUCAACGCGGUGGUGCUCUUCCCUGCUAUCUUCAGCGGUGGGGACUGGCCGCGCUUCACCGAGUGCUCAGCGGUGGCUCUGGGGCAUUCUUUGCUGUUGGGGUGCGGGAAGGGGAUCCUGAACGUCGACAAUGCCUUCGAGGCUUGGCACCGUGCGUCGUUCCUGUUCUAUCACUCCUUCGUGAAAAUCGCCACCUUUGGCAGGCCGUCGUAG